AUGGCUCCUGUACGGCGAUAUCUAAGAAUUACCAAGUAUUCUGUUCUAGAAUGCCGGAUAUACCUCGAUAGCCCAGCGCUUGCGCAAUCUUGGCUGCUGCAUCCGAGGCACCAGACUCUGGCGCGGGUGAUAGAAGCUGUGCGCCCACUAGUGUUGCCGAAGCUGCGAGAGGAAAAAGAACGCGAGAGAGCCAAGAAAAAGCCGUCUAAAAAGUCUCGAGUAAAGGACGUGAUUGUGAAAGAUGAUUUUGAAGUAUCCAUGUUUCUCACCGAAACAAGCACGCGACAUUCGUUGCUCACCAAGAAGAAACGCUUUAGAGAAAAAGGCCCGACGAUGAUGCAGUCGAAUGCAACCAAACUCAUCGACGAGACAAAUGACCAACCCCUUGGUGUAAGCAAUGCAGAUUUUGCUCCCAUACGCAUCGAGGAAGACAGCGAUGACGAAGAAAACAUUGACCUAUCGGCCAUCCCGACUUCCGAUGCGCAAGGCGGAUCCAAGCGUGGCAGAGGUCUUAGCGAGUAUGCUUCGGCACCUGGUGAUGGUGAGGCAGAAGGAGUUGCCAUAGAGCUGAAUUCCGACGGUGAGGAGCCGCCAUCCAAACGACGGCGCGAGAUUCCAGGACAGGGAUCUGACGAAGAUGGCGAGGAUGACAAGAAGAAAAUGGCCAUGGACGUUUCAUACGAGGGCUUCGCAAUCUACGGGCGUGUUCUCUGCUUGGUGGUUAAGAGACGGGAUACCGCGACGAGGUCUAAUAAGUCAACGCCGCCUGGUAGCACCGCAACUACUGGGCAAGCGAAAAUGGAGAACUGGAUAACAUCUACCCAAAUGCCGGCUGACGAAGCAUGA